AUGCACACCAGCAAGCUGAAACGGAAGCUGAACGAUCUGGGCGUGAAUGCGUCGAGCUCGAAGGCGACGGAGAACUUCUGCCUGAUCGGGACACCGCUCCCACCGCUCGAGAAACGAGAUGCUGGAGAGUUCGUGCCGCUAUGGAAGCAGGAGGUGAGGGACGAGAAAGGGCGGAGGCGGCUCCAUGGCGCCUUCACGGGAGGCUUUUCCGCUGGUUACUUCAACUCUGUCGGUUCGAAAGAAGGAUGGGCGCCCUCCACCUUCGUCUCUUCCCGUUCCGAGCGUGCGAAGCAAAAGCAGGCCCGCCCAGAAGACUACAUGGACGAAGAGGACCUCGCCGAGCUGCGCGAGAGCCGCAAGCUCGUUGACGAGAACGACGAAAUGGAUUUGGUCGGAGGGACUCAAGCGGAGCUACGCCGGCGCGCGGGCGCUGGCGAGGUGGAGAAAGACUCAAUAGCUUCCAAGCUGGAGGAGGCGUUGCUGCCCCCGCCGAAGGACUCCGUCGGCGCCAAGAUACUCAGGAAGAUGGGCUGGCGCCCGGGGCAAGGCGUCGGCCCCCGGGUAACCUGGCGUCAGAGGAAGAUGCAGGAAAUUCAGUUAGCAGGUGCGGACGCUUCGGAGUUGAAAGAAGACGAGGAGGAUGAGGAGGCGAAGAAGCACAUGUAUCCGGCCAGAGAUACGCCCCUGCUCCUCCCGCCCAGGAAGGAGGAUACGCAUGGACUAGGCUAUACAGCUGGACUUAAACUCGGCGAGAUUGUCAGCGGUCAGGAUGAGGGGCGACAGGGACCAAGGCUAUCAGCCGGCUUCGGUUUGGGCGCACUUAACGAGGCUGAAGACGAUGAUAUCGACGUCUACGAUACGGAUAUGAGGAGCGGCCGGUCUCACAUGGCAUUUGAUAUCGUCGAUGAAGAUGAGGGCAGACCUUCAGCCUCGAGGAGCUCGCGACAAGCCACAGCUGGUAAAGCGCGCUCGCAGACUACCCAGACAAGCCAAACAUUCCGUGACGGCUCACUAGUCAUUCCCGGGUUCGUGGUCGUCGACGAGCCAUUAGUGGAAGACCGAUGGUAUCCUAUACCAGACGUGCCGAAGGGGUGGAAACCUGAUCCCCGACGUGUGUGGCAGAAAGAUAAAGAGAACAUGGAGAAGGCUCAGCAGGAGGCUCAAGCGUUGCCGAAGCCAACGACUCACCAACAGUGGAAGACGGGCGUCACCCCUGAACAGCGAGGAGCUGUCCUCGGAGAGACGCCUAUACGAGCUGCACCUCGUUCAGUCUUCGAAUACCUGUCUCAGAAAGACCGAGAAAGGCUCAAGAACAUAUCCACGAACCUCUCGAAACCGGAUAGAGUUCCGAAGGCUGAACCUAUCGUAGAGCCUCCACCGCCGUCUUCGAGCGUACCUCGCGUAGAUCCCCGUGUAGCUAAAGCAGCUCUACAAGGUUUCCAGCCUUUCACUUCCGAUCCUGUCAAACAAUCUCGAUACGCCACAUUCUUGAAGGCCCAAGCCGACCCAGACGCUCCCCUUCCCCAGCUCACGCCUCUCCCAGGACAGAGAGCAGAAGAUUUCCAAAAGGAACUACAGGACUACGCGAAGGCUGCGGUAGUCUUCAAGCCGUUAUCCGCCGCCAUGGCGGGGCGGUUCACGUCAGCCUCAGUCGUAGAGACAGGGCCGCAGAUCAGCGAGGGGCUAUACACUCCCGCGUUUGAGCCCGAGAAGACAGAAGAAGAAAAGGCAGAAGAGAAGAAAGCGGAAGAGGAGAAAGAAGAGAGUCCUAAAGCCCAUGCGGCGCGUCUAGGUAUGUACGGGUCUAUGACGCGCGAAGUCACCCCAUGGCAUCCAGCCAGGCUGCUCUGCAAGCGCUUCGGCGUCAAGGAGCCCAAUCCUGAGCCCCUCGAGCCCGAAGCUGGGCCGUCCUCGCCUGCGGCAGGGACGGGUGCCAACAAAUGGACGCCCGAGGCUGCCUUAGCGGAUGCUUCCGGAUUUACGGCUGGUAGUACCUCGGCAACGGAUCAAGACGGCGCAUUUGUACCACCAGCUGCUGCUGCUGGAUACAUGUCCUUCAACGAUGCCCAAAGUCAAAGCACGGGUGGAAUCAAGAGUCUCGAUAAUGUUGGGCUGGGAGAGGACGAGACCCAAGGAGCGGAUGUAUUGACAUAUGAGCGGCCUCCAAUGGAUGUGUUCAAGGCAAUCUUUGCCAGUGAUGACGAAGAGAGUGACGGAGAGGAGGGGAAGGACGACACGAAUGAGAAGAUGGACGUCGACAGACAAGGCCCAUUGACCACAGACGGUACUGUGGCUCUAGUGAAGACGGAGAAAGCAGUAGUACCCUCUCAUCUGGCUGGAGCGCCUAACACGACGGCGUAUGCUCCCUCUGCAACUGGCGUCAAAGAGGAAAUUGACCUGGCUACGUUUAAGCCUACCUUCGUUCCCCGGUCUGAACGUGAUACGAAGAAGACGAAGACGAAAGAGAAGGACAAGAAGGAGAAAAAGAAGAAAACCAAGACACUUGUUUCCUUUGAAGUGGAGGAAGACGGAGGAUACGACGUGGCGUUACCUCCCAAGGAAGAUAGUAAGAAGCGGGAUAAGGACAAGGAUAGGGCUAGGAAGAAAAAGCGGAAAGAACAUGACGAGGAUGAAGGGAAGGAGGACGAUGACAGCAUGUGGGUGGAAGCUCCUCCUCCUGAGGUGGUCAAGACACUGGGGGCCAUUGCUUCGGCUUCGUCUGCUCCGGAACCGAAUGACAUGACAGGCGGUGAAACGAGUCCUCCACGAGGACGGAAGAGGGCAAUUGAUUUUAUGUAG